AUGCUGCGGCAGCGCUGCGGGCGGCUCCUGGCCCGGCUGGAGCGGGCGCUGCAGCUGCUGGAGCUCGGCGGUAGCGUGGAGGAAGACUACAUCCAGAUUGCUCAGUGCUUCGAAGCGACGCGCCAGAGAUGCUGCCGCCUGGAGCGGGAUGGACGGUGGGCCCGCGAGCAGCUGGCUCGUGUGGAGGCCGAGCGGGCAGCGCUGGAGGUGAAGCUGAAGCACGCCCGCAACCAGGUGGAGGUGGAGAUGAAGAAGCGGCACCGGGCAGAGGCUGAGCUGGAGAAGCAGGAGCGCAAACUUCAGCUGGUCUUCGAGUCCCUGAUGCGGGAGCCAUGGGGCAGCGGGGUGCUGAGCAGGGAGCAGUGCUCUGUCCUCAGGGCCCUGGCUGGCCAGCGCCUUGGGACAGCCCUGGCAUCGGGCAGGAGGUCGUCUGCAGUGGACGAGUCAUGCCAGUCCCUCCUGUCCCACUCGGACAUCAGCUACGACCGCACUGAGGAUGAUGUGGAUGUUGAUAUGACCGUGGUGCGGACCCUGAAGCGCAAAGCCCAGGAGAGGCAGCGUGUGUCCCUGGCCCCUCAGAUCGGCCCCGUGGUGGUGGCGAAGCGGCACCGUUCUUCUGUGGCACUCCACAACACCGCGAGUGUCCCCCCCGUGCCCCCUCCUGCCGAGGUUCCAGGUCCUGCCGGCAGCCUCCUGCCUGCUGUUCUGGUGCCGCGACGCCGCUCUCGCCAGGGUCAUCGUGUCUCCACGCGUGCAGGGCCCCCUCCACUGCCUCCUCUCUCUGCAGAGCUGACCACGGUGUGGGGCACCAGUGAGGAUCCAGGCUGCCGUGCUCCGGGGCAGGAGAGCCAUACUGAGGGCAGCUCCGUGGGGCAGCCAGUGCCAGAAGCCUUCCCCUCGUCUCCACAGGGCCUUCCACCACUCCAGCACCAGUUCACCUCCAAAACGGUGAUCCGCCCUGAGCCGUGCGGUGUCUGUGGCUCCCGCAUCCGCUUCGGGAAGGCUGCCGUCAAGUGCCGCCGGUGCCAGCUGCUGCUGCACCCCAAGUGCCGGGAGCAGUGCCCCAGCCUCUGCACGCCCCGGCCUCACCACCAUGCCUGGCCCCGUGAGGGCGUGCUGGCUGACUUCGCCCCCCCCACGCCGCCCCUGGUGCCCGCGCUGGUGGUGCAGUGUGUGACCGAGGUGGAGACGCGAGGCUUGACAGAGACAGGGCUGUAUCGGGUGCCGGGUGCGGAGCAGCUGGUGCGGGAGUGGAAGCGGAGGCUGCUGCGGGCUGGAGGUGCACUGCCUGCCCUCAGCAGCGUGGCUGACAUCCACGUGGUGUGUGGGGUGCUCAAGGACUUUCUGCGGGGGCUCAAGGAACCACUGGUCACCUUCAGCCUCCACCCUGCCUUUCUGCAGGCUGCUGACAUCCCAGAUGAUGCCGCCUGCAGCACAGCCCUGCGCCACGUGGUGAGCAAGCUGCCCCCAGCCAACAGGGACACCCUGGCCUUCCUCAUGCUGCAUCUGCUCAGGGUGUCGCGCAGCCCCGACUGCAAGAUGGACGUGCUCAACCUGUCCCGUGUGUUUGGUCCGACACUGGUGGGACAUAGCUCGGCCAACCCCACGCCACUCGCCAUCAUGGAGGACACGCCGCGGCAGUCCAAGGUGGUGGCUCGGCUCCUCUCACUGCCACCUGACUUCUGGAGAGGCUUCGUGGGGACAGAGCAGGAGAACCUGGUGCCAACACCAGCUCCAGGAGGUGAACAUGAGCCGUUCUUCCACCCCAUUGCCUCCCCGGAGCCCAAGCCAGGCCAGCUGAGCCCAGCUGGCACCUGCUGCCUCCCCAGCACCCUGCGGAGCUGUGUGGGCACAGCCACCCGGCCCCCGCAGGGGCCAGCCCCGAGGAAGGUGGUGGGCCGGUUCUUCCCUUCUCCCUUGUAG